AUGACCAAUAUAAGUACAAAAGAGAUUAGCAGCAGCAUUACGAGUCAAGAUAAGAGCGGAAUGGAGGUCGUUGCGGCUCAACCAAUCGAGAAUUCUCAUCAGCUGGUGGUUGAGCACAAAAUCCCAGUCUCUGAAGAGAUGAAAUCUGACGAACAUACGCCACCAGAUUCGUUGUUGACCGAGGCAUUUGCUACGUAUUCACCAGACAAAAACCGUGUUCAACUUAUGGAAUGGAAAAAUCAGGGCAAACUCGCAGAAGACUUGGUCGAAAAACUGUUGAAUAAUCCGCAUGAAGAAGUAAUACGCGAUGGUUCGCUACUUAAGGCUUUCGUCGCGUAUAUUGACUUAUGGAACAUCAAGUUAUCUCCCAAGAAACUGGACCUUUUCGAGUCAUUAAAGACUCAAUACGACGACUAUGUUGCAGCCAGGUUGAUCAUCUCAGGCAAAUAUGGUGGCGAUAAGCAUUUGGCAAGUAUUUGCGCGAGUUUGGAGAACAUGCACGCCAGUGAUAUGGCAGAUCGGAAACUGACACCACACAACACUUUAAUUCUUUUCAAAUUAAAGAACCAAGAUAGUUUUCCCGAAGAAAUACUAGCAUACUG